AUGAGUGCCGCGCAAGAACGUGUGCCUCAGUUUCUGGUCACGCUGGACGACGUCGAGUCGGACGACGUCUACGAGGCGGCUCGGCAGUGGCGGGAAAGCGCCGAACGCCGCGCCGACGACCUGCGGAGAGGUUGGGCGCAAGAGGCGCGCAGUAGUGCCCAACGCGACCAGCGCCUCACUCGCCUUGUCGAUCUGCUGGUGCGCGUGCAGAUCUCGCAGAUGGUUCGCAGGAGUGCAUGCCGACUUCUGCAAGUUCUGGACACGCGGCCGCACGUCAUCGUGGUCAACGCGGAGAUGAACAGUACGGAACCGUCCGAGUCCGACCUCUGCUGCGCCUUUGAAUCAUUUGUCACAGCGAUUUGUCGCUGUUGUCAUGGAAUGUUAGUUGAGGACGAUUUAAAUUACGAAACGCAGACAAAAGCCCAAUUGUCCCGCAUUCUGGAACGCUACCUUUCGGCCCCGCGUGUCCACCUGGCCGUUCUCCACACCAGAUUUGAGCCUUUGACCUCCGAAGCCACGUUGGUGGAGGACGAUUUUGAGGCUCUGAGGGCACGGGUUGCUUUUCUCCAGCACUGCUUGUCAACCGUUCUGGAAGAGCCUCCAGAAGAGGUCAGCGACCUGAUCGUGUUGCGCAAGGAAGGUUUGCUGGAGGAGCUCGAGAGAAUCGCCAAGGGCGCCAUCCAGUCGGUGGUGUCGCGGAUGGAACGUCUGCACCAACGAGACGCACUCGGCAUUUGCCGUGCCUUUCGUGAAAUUGCGGCUCGUGCCUCGGCGGCGCCCGCAUCCACGGCCGAACUGAUGGCGGCGCAGGAUUUCCUGAGUGUCGCGCAGAGGGACACUAUCGGCGAGCUGGAAGGACGGAUCGCCCGACUGACGGCCAGGAUGGCCCAACUGAUGCGACUGCGGUUCCUCUCCACCGAACACUGCGCCCUCAACACAGAAGCGCUUCGAUGGCUGUCUGAAAUUGGACCUUGCUUUGUUCAGAGUGAAGUAUUUUUCGAGCAGCAAAGGACAGAUUUUGAGCGGCUCCUGCAACAACGCACCGACCAGUUGAACCGCAAACUGGAGGAAGCGAUGCCUCGGCUGGCGCUCGUCAACGACAUGCGUCUUCUGGAAAGGGUUGACACUUACUUGGAGGAAACGCGGAAGCUUCGCCGCCGAUUGCUGGAGUUUGAGGAAGAAGCCGACUGGAUCAACUCUGAGGAGGCGCUUUUCCGAUUCCCUCUGUCAACCUACCCAGAACUGGAUGAACUCAAAAACUGUCUCUUGCCUGUCUGGGGACUGCUGUGCCUUUGUCGAUCGUGGCGAACUACCCUGUACAAGUGGAUGGACGGCGCAUUUGAUGAGCUGGACGCCGAAUCAAUUCAAGACACCACAAACAAAAUGCUCCAGAAAACUGAGGAAACCCAGCAACAAUUUCGCGUCAUGAUAAAGCAACAAAUCGCUGACAAUAAUCCUCGGCGCCUUAAAGGAACUCUGGACGAUCCUGGAAACCUCCCCGCACCCCUUCAAUUGUGCCAACAACUCUUGGAGGACAUAAAACAAUUCAAGUCCCAGUUGGUCCUGGUCAGAGUUAUCUGCAAUCGGUGCCUCUUUCAGCGUCACUGGGUUGAAAUCAGCACCCUUCUGAAGGUCGAAGUUUGUCCUGACGCCGGCGCCAGUUUGAGGAAAAUGCUGAAAUUACCUUUCACACCUGAACUCCUCCAAAAAUGUGAGGUGAUCAGUUUUGGCGCAACAAAGGAAUUGGCUCUUCAGGACGAACUGGCCCAAAUGCAAGAUGAGUGGGAAAAGGUCAAUUUCAGGCUUUUCAGCGACCCUGAGCGAGGCUGCAGUCUUUUGACCGAUUUGGAUGACCUGCAAGCGUUGCUCGCCUCGGCCAUUCUGAGGACGCAGGCGAUGCGAGGGUCAGCGUUCGCCAAACCGCACGCAGUGGAGUUGCGUGCGUGGUACGCCAAACUGAGUCGCGCCGCCGCCACCCUGACCACUUGGGCCUUGGUGCAGGAGCAGUGGCGGCACUUGUCCCCAAUUUUCAAGUGCUGCGACGACGCGGCGAGGUUUAUGCCAACGGAAGCUCAACUUUUUGCACUGGUUGAUGCAACUGUGCGAGAUUUGGCACACAGAGCCGACAGUGACCCUUGCGUGAUGCACUUGGCGGGAGGUCCUGUCGCUUUGAAGGAACUGACUGAAUGCGCCGAGCGCCUAAACGCCGUCAACCAGGCCGUGGUGCGCUACCUCGGCGUCAAAAGACGCGCCUUUCCUCGCUUUUUCUUCCUCAGCAAUGAGGAACUUUUAUCCGUGCUCUCGGCGGCUCCCCAUUUGGACCGAGUGGCCGCUCUGUGCAUUUUCAAAAUAUUCGAAGCGGCGAAAGGCGCCGAGUUUGACGAGGAGGAACGACUGAUUUGUUUGACCGGGCAAGAGACGCUCGAGGUGGAACCGGUGCCGCCGGGUCCGGUUGAGCAAUGGUUUGCUGCCGUUGAAGUGGCCAUCGCAGAAGCGAUGAAGAGGAAAUUUGAUGAGAUUCAUUGGAAGAAGAGAAAAACACUCGAGGGCCUUUUGCAGUUGGUUUUGGUGGCGGCCGCCGCUUCGUGGACCAAAGACGUGGAAAGUUCAAUGCGAUGGCCGAAAAAAAUGGAGUAUGUUGAAAUACUGAAUGGUGAAAUGAAAGAAGAAAUCUCUUCUGAGGAAAGAAAAAAAGUUUCUUAUCUUCUAAUGACAAAUUUGCACUACUUGGAGGUGGUGCAAAAACUGAGACAAGAUUCAAUUAGCAAAGCGAGUGACUUCCAGUGGCUCUCACAAAUCAGGUUUUAUUACGACAAAGAGAAAAAUCUGGAAGGCCGUCUCAUGUUCUCGAAUUAUCAGUACGGCUGGGAGUUUUUGAGCGGUCCCUAUUUAGUGCUCACGCCACCAACCUUACGUUGUUACCGAGCCCUGGUGGCGGCGCAUCAAAUGGGAGCUUUUUUGAACCUCCAGGGACCGGCGUGCAGUGGCAAAAGCUGCACUUUUUUAGGCUUGGCCGCGCAAUUCGGCCGAUUCAAAAUUUCAAUUACGUGUUCCGUGGCUACAAAUGAACUGACGCUGUUGAGAGUUCUCCAAGGCAGUGCCGGCUGCGGCGCGUGGUGCCUGCUCGACGAGGUGCAUCAACUAACCGCCGAAGUGCUUUCGGUUACUGCCCAGCACGUGCUGGAUCUGUCAAUGGCCUGCGAGGCUGAUGCACCGCAACUUUGCCUGCAGGGUCGGCAGCCUGUGCCUUUGGCCCGCCCGUCCUGCCUUUUGUGCGUUACUUCGCAACAGCCUCUGCGCGCUCAAGUCCCAAACAAUUUCAAAAGCUUGUUCAGACCGUGGACCUUGCGCGAACCAGAUGUGUGCAGUUUGGUUGAAAUAAAACUGCGAGCAGCCGCAAUCGAAAAUGCAAAAGAAAAUGCUGUCUGGCUCACAACAGCUCUGAAAGUGGCGCAACAGAGAUUGGGCGUCCGCGAAAAUUUUGGUGUGCAGGCUGCGAUGCAAGCAGUGAGCCUGCUAAUUUCCGAAAACAUUCCCCUGCAUUUAGCUUUGGGAAAAAUUUUGCUCCCCGGCGUUUCUGCGGAGGAGCGUCCAAUUUUGCAGAGUGUCCUGAAAGACACCUUCCUCUCGCAGAUCGACUUUCGCGAGGCUGAUUUGCAGCAGUCGCUUUUGAACAGCAAGGGGCUAAUCGUCACUGGCCCUCCUGGAUCAGGAAAAACCACCGCAAUUAAAAAGGCGGCCGGCGAGAAUCAAAUCGAAUUAAUUUGUCCUUUGGCUCUCGAUUUUGAGCGACUUUUUGGACACCUGAAUAAAGGUGAGUGGCACGACGGGGUGGUGACCAGUGCCAUCAGGACUGGCACCAAGUGGCUGCUUUUCGACGGACCUCUUGAGCCUUGGUGGGUCGAGAAUUUGCAAUCAGCCAUGGAUGACCCGGCCAAAUUAAAUUUGGCCUCCGGAGAAGCUCUUUACGUUCGAAGUAAUGUGAAAAUUAUUUUCGAAACGCAGGAUUUACGACAGGCAUCUCCAGGACUUUUGGGACGCUGUCAGUGUGUAUUUUUCGGAGAAAUUUCGUGGAAGGUUGUAGUCGACACAUGGCUUGAAAAUAGCAAAGAAGAGUUGUGGGCCAAGCAGGAAGGCACUUUAGUAAAAGAGAUUUUGAACUGGAUCGUUCCGCCUUGUGUCGAAUUCACUGACCAAUUCAAACCCAUCAUUAGUCCUAGCGGUCUCGUGGAUACAUUGAUUUCCAUUUUCGCGAUGUACUUAAAAGAGCCCUGCCAAGAUCCGGAGGCGGCCAAACACGUCCGAGCGUGGCUCCAGGCAGCUCUGAUGCUCUCCGGAGCCUGGGCCUUCAGUGGGCCCCUACUGAAACCCCAAAGGGAACUUUUUGACGAGUUUUACAAAAAUCUAUGGCGUGGUAAUCAAAGAUUAAGUACUGAUUACCCUGUACCGGCGUGUAUGGAAGGAAAAGUGGACGUGGCAGUGCCCGGUGAGGGCGUUUUGCUUGACCACAGUUUCGUCUUCAGGUUCAAGGGUAGCUGGAAGUACUGGCCUGAUAUCUUGAGAGCUAUGAAAUUGGAUGAUCAAGCGGAAAUGUUCAAAACAGUCAUUCCGACGAUUGACACGGAACGCUUAAGUCAUUUAAUGCAACUGCAUGUUCAGCACGGCCGACCGUUAAUGUUAAGAGGCCCAAAAGACUCAGGAAAGAGUUGUUUGCUGCACCAUUUCGCUCUGGAACGUCUGAAUUCGAGCCAAAACCAAGCGAUUUUGGUCCGUUUGACGCACGGCGCCGACGCUCCGCUGCUGCAGUCAGAGCUGAGCACCAACCUAAGUCGCAGCUCGCACGGUCUCGGCCCUGCCGCCGGUUGCAAACGCUGCGUCAUUUUGGUCGACGACGUUGGCACGGCGCACAGCCUCGGCCCGCAAGAGUUGCUGCGCCAAGUGGUGGACCACUCGACGCUGCACGAGUCGGCGACCAGCGUCAAGUUGAACCACGUCCUCACCCUGGGGGCGUUGGACGAGACGCGAGAGGUCACCCCGCGACUGCUGCGACACUUCAGCGUGCUCUGCGUUGGCCCCAUGAGCGAGGAAAGCGCCUCGCGCAUUUUUGGAUCAUUGAUGGGCGCCACCCUCAAGCGAAACGGAUUUGCGUCAGACGUGGCUGCAUUUGUGACCGCCGCCGUUCAGUCAACCCUGGACGUCGUCCACGGAUCCGCGAGUCUGCUGCGCCCGUGGAGGCCACACUACGCGGUGGGAACAGCCGAGGCUCAGCGCAUCAUCCUCGGGUGUUCGCAAAUCCUGAAAGAAGACGCGGACAACAAGCGCGCCCUGGUGCGUCUUUGGUGCCACGAGGUGCAACGCAGCGUAGGCGACAGACUGAGUGCCUCGGAAGAACGGCAGAUUUUGCAAUCGCUGGUCGAGGCCGCGGUCAAGGACAACUUCAAGGAGCAGCCUGGACUUGCGGUGGAGCAAAAGUUGUUCGGAAGAUUGCUGACUGGACGAUAUAUUGAAUCAGACAGAUCCAAAUUUGAAGCCAGAGCUAGUAAAUGUGUUGAGGGUUUGGGAGAAGACAUUGUACUCUUUCCAGAAGCUGUUGAUCUUUUGGCCAGGGUGUGUCGUCUGCUACAAAUGCCGCAAGGAAACGCGCUGCUUUUGGGUCCUUCAGGCCGCGGCCGACGCACUUUGAGCCGCCUUGCAAGUCACAUGGUUGGAUACGAGUUGAUUCAACCUAAAGCAGGUUUUGAGAGUUGGCGGAACUUGCUGAAGGCGGCAAUGAGGAGGUCGGGUGCGGACGACAAAGACACCGUCCUUCUCGUUGGAGAGGAAGUUUUGGCUGAAGAAAGGUUUUUGGAAGGCGCACACUGCGUUCUGAGCGCAGGCGACGUUCCAGGGCUCUUCAGCACGGAGGAGCGCCAGGAAAUCAUGGAAACGGUCAUGCUGGACGCGCAAGGUGGACAAAGAACGGUUGACCUUGUGCCUUUGCAGGUAUUUGAGUUCUUUGCGUGUCGCUGCCGUAAACGUUUGCACUGGAUGAUUUGUCUGGAUCCGUCGGACAAACGUUUUCGGACCCGGCUGCAGCGCUACCCGGCGCUUCUGACGCAAUGCACCCCUGUGUGGUUCACCGAGUGGCCCGAAGAAGCGUUGGAGCGAAUUUCGCAGCGCCACUUAAAGGAGCAGAGCCCGGCGGCCGUGGUGGCCGUUUGCCGGCGGCUGCACCAGGCGGCCAGACGGUACGUGCAGGUGAACGCGGCCAACUUUGCAGAGUUGCUGCAGCUGCUGGACUCGGUGACGGCUGAGCGCAAGGAGCGAAUCCUCGACGACCGCCAACGCUACCUCACCGGACUGGAAAAACUGCAGCUGGCCGCCGAGCAGGUGCAGCGCAUCCAGGAGGAACUGUGCGGCCUGCAGCCCCGACUGGCAGAGGCGGCCGCCGAGACCAGGGAGAUGCUGGCCGUCAUCGAGACCGAGACGCGCAAAGUGAGCGAGGCGUCGCUCCUUGUGCGAAGCGACGAGGCCGUGGCAAACUCGCAGGCGGCCGCCGCGCAGGAGCUCAAGAGCGAGUGCGAAACCGAACUCGCGCAGGCCAUUCCCAUUCUCGAAGAUGCCGUGGCGGCCCUAAACACUCUAAAACCAUCGGACAUCACACUUGUGAAGUCAAUGAAAAAUCCGCCCGAACCAAUCAAGUUGGUGAUGGCCGCCGUCUGCGUCAUCCGGAACAUAAAACCCGAUAGACUAAAUGACGCGUCUACAGGAAGAAAGAUUUUGGACUAUUGGGGCCCGAGCAAAAAGCUACUUGGAGACAUCGCCUUUCUCCAGCAGCUGAAAGACUUUGACAAAGACAACAUCCCGCCCUCCGUGAUGGCCAAAAUCCGCAAGGACUUCAUUCCGCACCCUGACUUUCGGCCGGAGGUGGUGACGAACGCGUCGAGCGCCGCCGAGGGUCUGUGCAAGUGGGUGCGUGCCAUGGACAUGUACGACGCCGUGGCCAAAGAGGUGGCCCCGAAAAAAGCCAAACUGGAAAUCGCCCAGCAGGAAUACGCGGCCACUCUGGCCGUACUUGAGGAAAAACGGGCGCAGGUCCGUCGACUGGAAAAACAACUGGCCGAGCUGAGGUCGCAAUUUGACGCAGCAAACUCGCACAAACUUACUUUAGAAUCAGAAUUCCAGGCCUGUGAACGAAAAUUAGCGCGAGCUGAAAAACUGAUCGGCGGUUUGAGUGGCGAGCGUCAACGCUGGGCCUCAACAGCAUCUUCUUUAGAUGAUUCGCUCAAGUGCUUGGAGGGCGACGCGUUGUUGGGCAGCGCGACCGCGACAUAUUUGGGUCCGCUGAAGGCGAAGCGUCGCGCGUCGUGCAUCGGCGAGUGGCUCGCGUUGCUGGCCGAGGAAGGUGUCGCGAGUUCGGCAGACCUGGACGUGACGCUGGUGCUCAGCUCGGAGAUGGAAAUCGAGGCGUGGCACAUCGGCGGUUUGCAGCGCGACGCCGCGUCGACACAGAGCGCCGUCAUCGCGCGCCACGCGCUGCGUCCGUGCGUGUGUCGCGAUCCGCAAAGGCAGGCGAACGCGUGGAUCAAAAGUACGGAAACGCGUUUGCGAGUGAGUCAAGACUGGGAUGAGGAGUUGGUUACGAGGUGCAAGGAGGACGGCGUCCCGUUGUUGGUCGAGGACGUUGAAGAGCCAGACGUUCUUCUUGAAGCGCUCCUGGCGGUGCCUCUUCGAUCGAACAAUUCAGGUUUCCGGGUUUAUAUCACAACUCGCAGUUCAGUGAGUCGCGAGCUUUUGGGCUGCAUCACCCUGGUCGAGUUUGCCCUUCCCGCUGAGGGGCUUGAGGAGCAACUGCUCGGUCUUGUGAUGGCCGCCGAGCAACCCGCCCUUCGACUCGCUCGCCAGCAGGUCGUCCGAGAGGGUGCGGCCAACAAAGCAGCUCUUCAGGCCACCGAGGAGCGAAUCCUGAGCACCCUUUCGGCCAGCCAGGGCAAUCUGCUGGAGGACGAAGCCGCCGUAGACGUGCUGGACACCUCGAGGGCAGUGUCUUUGGAGCUGGCGCAGCGCCAGCAGGAGGCGCAGAAGACGCUCGGCCAAAUCACCGAUUUCAAAGCCAAGCACCGCGCCCUGGCAAGGGACUCGGCCGCCGCUUACGCUACCCUGAACUGGCUGCCCACCCUGGGCAGCACCUACCACUUUUCUCACGCCUGGUUUUUGCAGCUUUUUAGCUCUUCAGUCAGAAAUAGUUGCAAAAUGGGACUUGGAGAUGAGCUGACGUCGGAGUUUUUAAAGACGCUGUGUGAGCAAGUGUGUGCCGCCCUAUUCCGAAGGCACCAUCUGGCAUUUUUAUUGCGCCUCUCACUGGAUUUGCUCAGGGCAAGAAAGGAAAUUACUCUGGAGGAUAUUGCAUUUUUGUAUGACGGUGGGAUUCAAAAAGACGAGAGCAAACUUUUAGCGAUUCCCCGCUAUUCAGAAAUAAAAGAAAAAUGGAGUGAAUGGAAAUUUUUUGAAGAGGAACAAGGCAAAAAGAAUAAACUUUUAAAAGAAACAUGGGGAGAAAUUUCUUGUUACGAUCGACUGGUUUUGAGCUCAAUUUUCUUUCCCAAACUUCAACCCCAAACGGCAGAAGAACUGGUAAAACAAACCUUGCAAUUCGACUGUCGCUUCAAAGCGGGCAGUUUGGAGUCUGCAUUUGAAAACUCAUCGUCGCAAACACCGAUUUUUUGCGCCUUGGGGCCAGCAGUUGACAUUUCGCGCGCUCUUAUUGCAUUUUCAAGGAAGGAAAUCACCGAAGUUGCCAUAAUUAGUAUGGCAUCUGGGCAAACAGGCCACGCUGAGGCGGCCAUCGCAAAUGCAAUGGCCACUGGAAAUUGGGUUUGUCUGAGCAACUGUCACUUGACCGACAAGUGGCUCAGAAAAUUGGAAAGGAUGACAUUUGAAAAGGCCUCGCCUAACUUCCGAUUGUGGCUGACCUGCUGCCCAGAGGCUAAGCUGCCGAUCGGACUUGUCCAAAGUUCAGUCAAGGCUGCGUUGGAAGAGCCGUUGACCCUACGAGAGGCAAUGAAAGAGGCUCUUCAAAGGCAAGAAACCCUCAUGGAAAGUUGCAACGGACGAGAGGCGCCGUAUUGCCGUCUGGUCUUUGGCUUGUCAUUCUUCUUCGCCCUUCUCCAGGGUCGAACUUUGACCAAAGCGAUCACUUUGGGUGAAGCAGAUCUCAAUCUCGCUUCAAAGCACCUUUGGGAACUUUGCUGGAAUACAAGACGAGUUCCGAUGAAAGCUGCCAUUCCCCUAGUUGGCGAUUGUGGACUCCUCGGUCACAUUUCCGAUCCUUGGGACCUCAGAGUGGCUGCGACUUUGUUAAAAGAAUGCAUCAACGAAUCUCUCCUGACUGCCACGGCUAACUAUGAACUGACCAAAGUUGGCCAUUCCAGUCUUUUCCCACCUCAGAUACCAACCAUUGAAGCUUGUCUUGACCGGGUGUCUAGAAUGCCCUGGGUGGCACCAAUUGAUUGGCUUGGCGUUACCAGAUCCACCAACCAUGAACUCUUUGGGCCCAAAAUCCAGACAGGGGCAACGUUGGAGGAGAUUUUUCACUUGGAGUCUUUCAGUCAUAAAUUAGAGGAAAUGGAAAGUUCACUUCCAAGCCUGGAGGUUUCAAAAGAACAAGGUGAGGUCAACACAGUCGCUCAGGCACUGAAAUGGGAGGAAGUGAAGACUUUGGUCAGACUGGAAGAAGCUCGGAAGUGUUUGAAAAUAAUGAAGCAGGCGAUGACCGACGGUUUUGUGCCCAACAACAUGAUAGAGGAUGUCAAUCUCGUUGCCAGAGGUGCUGCUCCUAAGUCAUGGAUGCCGGCGCCUGAGGUGGAUGCGACACUUGGAGAUUUCGAGAACGUCAAUGCAAACCUACCCACAUUAGUCUGGCCUCAAAACAAACAUGUGUGGAUGCCCGGAAUGGAGCGACCUGAGGCCUUAUUUGCAUCAGUGAUGCAGCUGGAAUGUCGAUCUAGAGGAGUCUCACUCUCGGACGUGUCACUCGAGUUGCGAAUCGACCCUGGUAAAAGUCCUUGUGUGGUCACUGCAAGAGGCUUUUGGCUGGACGGCGCCGACUAUGACAUUGAAAGAGCAUGUUUGGUGGAGCAAGUUGGAGGACCAAAAGAACUCCCCGCCGUUUCGAUUUGCGCGACGACAAAUUUGCAAGUGGAAGGAAAAUUUCAGUGCCCCAUUUACAGCGACGAGGAAAAGCGGCACAGCAUCGGCUCGAUUUGGCUGUCAGGUGGAGACGCGAAGAUUUGGACCAAACGAGGAGUUGUAAUUUUCUUAAAAAGAAGAACCUGAUUUUGUAAUUUUAUCAAUUAUAAGCAAUUAAAUGAAUAAUCAAUUACA